UCGACGCGCGUCAGAGCCAGAAGGUCCUCACAAGCAGGCAUGAAAACAGAAGUGAAAACUGCCGGGAGAAUAUUAUUUUAGAUAAAAUAUUUGAUUUAAAUCUCAUAUUUUUAGCCUGUUUGACCCCGCGUGUCUGCCAGCUAAACGGCACCAUGUUUAUGUCUUCACAAAACUCCCCACCCUCCUUCAAAGAUUUCACCCUCGUCGUGCCAGCGGUGGCUGUUGGUAAUGUGGGUCAGCUGGCUGUGGACCUCAUCGUGUCUACUCUCAACAUGAGCAGAGUGGGCUUCAUACACACAGACUGUCUCAUCCCGAUGACUGGAAACAACCCGUACGCCACCUGCAAAGAAGACGCUGAGGAGCUGCACACCUCUGCAGAAGUUUACACAGCAGCAGAACUGAAGAUAGCAGUUCUUCAAAUCAGGGCGCCAAUUAUUCAGAAAAAAUCCAAGAGGUUCCGUCAGCUGCUCGUGUCUUGGAUCAAAUCCAGCGGGUUCUCCAGGACUGUAGUUCUGUCCAGCAGCCACGCAUACCAGCGGGACGACCAGCAGCUGCAGGGCACUCCUCUGAGGUACCUGGUCACUCCGUCCAUGCUGAAGGUGAGUGCCGAUGCGCUGGAGGAGCUCGGCUGGAGGGAGAUGGAGCGAGUGUCGGCCUUCCCAGGACUGACGGACGCCAACGCAGAGCCUCACCUCUACAUCCCUGGAGGAGGGAUAACCAAAGGACUCUACACAGACAGUUGUGCAGAGGAUAUCCCGCUGGCCGUGCUGCUGCUCUUCUGUUCAGAAGGCGACAACAUCCCAGACGCCUUCACUCUAGUCAACCACCUCAACGACUGGCUUCAUCUGCUGGACGGUCCUAGCCAAACACCCAACAAAUGGAAGAUCCCGACUUCCUGGAGUCUUCUGUUUGGCAGCGGCAUCCCUCCAGCACUGUUCUGAUGCACAUAUAUUAAGUUUUUGCGAUUUUGAACACAUGAUUUCUGGGAAAUACAGCAAAGACUAUAUGUAUCAUAUUGAGUUUAUAUCUCCUUUAGUUUGAUAAUAAUUUUUAGAUAUACAAACAUUAUUUCAUUUACAGAAAUUGACCCAAACAUGCACUUCUAGAAUACUAUUUCCUAGUAUUGCAGCAUUUAAAUGUUUUUUUUUUUUUUCAAUAAAACAUUGUGACAAAAA